AGAAGCUGCGGAGCAAAGGUCCCAGCGGCCCGCCCCCUCCCGCCGAGCCCCCGCCCCCAGCCCGCCCCGCUUGGCUAAUUCGCCCGGGCAGGCUCGGGGCGCUGCGUGAGCGGCUGCGGGGAUCGGGCGAAGCCGGCAGCUGGUUUCCUGUUUUGCUUCCGGAAGAUCUUGCUAACGGUCCACUCUUGAUUGCAUUGCUCCCUGUACAACCCCUCUGAUGGCUCCUGCUGCUCUGGCCCCCAGCAAGGGAGGCACGGCUUGCAUGGCCUGGACCAAGGCUUCCUCAUCCCUGUCCUUUGCCCUUCUCUGCUCUAGAACCGUGCACUCCAAUGAGAGAACCAAUCCCAGAGCUUGAAAGGUAAUCUGGGGCUCUCAUCAUGUUUGCCAAAGCAACAAGGAAUUUUCUUAAAGAAGUUGAUUCUGGAGGUGACCUGAUUCCAGUAUCAACCUUGAAUGACUCUGAUAAAUUACAGCUUCUAGGUCUGGUGACCAAAAAAAAGAGACUCUGGUGCUGGCAGAGACCCAAGUACCAGUUUUUAUCUGUCACCCUUGGAGAUGUGCUUACAGGAGACCAGUUUCGGAGUCCAGCGGUUGUGGAGUCGGACUUUGUGAAAUAUGAGGGCAAGUUUCAAAACCAGCUGAGUGGGUCCAUCGAGACAGCACUAGGGAAGGUCAAGCUGAGUAUUGGAGGCAAAGGCCUUGUGGAAAGGCAGUCUUCAUUUGGAACCCUGAGGAAGCAGGAGGUGGAUUUGCAGCAGCUCAUGAGAGAUUCCACUCACAGAGCAAUAAAUCUGGGAAAUCCUGUGCUGCAGCAGGUGCUGGAGAGGAAGAAUGAAGUCCUGUGCGUCCUGACACAGAAGAUAGUGACCACGCAGCAGUGUGUGAUCUGGGAGCACGUUCAGGUGGAGGAGCAGUGCGGCGGCGUGGUGGGGAUCCAAACAAAGGUGGUGCAGGUGUCAGCAAAGGAGGAUGGGAGUGUCAUCAAGGACACCAACGUGGUGCUGGAGAUCCCGGCUCCCACCACCAUAGCCUACGGCGUCAUCGAGUUGUACGUGAAACUGGAUGGCCAGUUUGAAUUCUGCCUCCUACAAGGGAAGCAUGGUGGCUUUGAGAUUCACAGAAGUGACUAUGUCUUCCUGGACCUUCCGUCCUUUGAAGAGUUUCCAUUUUGGGAAAUGCCAGAUUCUGGACCAGGACCAUCUGCCCUGGAUUGGCCGCUGAAUGUUUUAAAACAAGGGACUCUGCUCUUGGAGAGGGAUUUCCAUCUGUUUUUGGAGCUGCCAGAACAGCAACAGACAGCACUUAGUGACAUCCUCCAGGUGGUCCUGUUCGAUGAAGAAUUGCUUGUGGUCCUGGAACAAGUGUGUGAGGACAUAUUAAGUGGCCUGUCACUCCCAAUGGCAAUACUGGGGAAGCUGAAGCCCCCACAGCAGCAGGACCUCAUGGCUUUCCUGUGUCUGGUGGGGUACAGAAUGCAGGGCAAGUGUCCAGGCCCAGAGGAUGCAAUCAGCAACCAGGAGCUCUUUUCUACAGCCUACUUCUUGGUCAGUGCACUAGCAGAAAUGCCAGACAAUGCAGCGGUUCUGCUGGGUGCUUGCUGUAAACUCCAGAUUAUUCCUGCGCUGUGUCACUUGUUUCAUGGUCUCUCGGCUGAUGGAGUUUCUGAUCUUAAAAACCCAAUCUUGGCUCCUCUGAAGGAUCUAGAAAGGUUUGGCGUCGCACAGCGUUUGUUUGCCACAGUCAACGUGAACCUGGAGAGACUGCCGUCAUCCAUAAAAGUUGUCACCGAGGAGGACCCCAACACUGUCCCACGAAUUCUUUAUAUAAGCCUCAGUGGGCUCUGUGCUUUACACAGAGCACAUUAAUAACAUGUGAAUUAGAAGUACAAGACCAUCAAAGUUAGGUAUUUUUCAGAAUUGUUAAGAUACUACUGAGUUUAGCUACCAAGAGGCCCAGUGUCUAAGGUAACUCCAGCACCCACAAGGUUGAGAACUCUAAGCUGGUGUUUAGUUAAAACCCUCUUCUACAGCGAGAUAGGUACAUCUAUCACUUUCUUUCAUAAACAAAGACAGCUGAGUCUAUAGAACAUGUGCUGAUUGAGGAAAUGAAGUGUAAAUACCACUACAGUAUACAUAUUCCUCUGCUGAAUAAAAUUAAAAUGAUCUCAUAGCAGGACACCCUUCCUUAGGGGUCUAGCUAUAUACAUUUCAUUUCUGUCAUGCUUUGACUAACAUACCAAUUCUAGGUCU